UCACAUAAUUGACCCCAAGGAUAUCAAGGAUUCAAGGUGUCUGGUGUUGUGACCGCAAAAAGAUAUGGACAAGCGAAGGAAAUUAACAUGCGCUGCGCUAGUUGAUGAGCAUCUCUAUGCAAUCCCUAUCCAUCAUCACAGAUCAAACUACCCACGAUGAUAAGCAUCAAACAACUAGCUGAAUCACCUGGCCUCACCUCCGUCCCUCCCACCUACACUUUCACCCCGAAUCCCAAUGAUCAUCCAGUUUCAGAUGAUCAAAAAGACUCAAUCCCCGUCAUUGACUUCGCUCGCCUCACCUCCGGCACUCCCGAUCAACGCUCCAAGCUCGUCCAUGACCUUGGCAAGGCCUGCCAAGACUGGGGCUUCUUCAUGGUGAUCAAUCAUGGUGUGCCCGAGAGCCAGAUGAAGGCGUUGAUCAAGGCUUGCGGUGAGUUCUUCAAUCUGAAGGAGGAGGAGAAGCAGGAAUUUGCAGGGAAGCAUGUUCUGGAUUCCAUCAGGUGCGGCACCAGCUUUAAUGCAUCUGUGGACAAAGUAUUAUUUUGGAGGGAUUUUCUCAAGGUUUUUGUACAUCCCAAGUUUCACUCACCGACUAAACCCUCUGGAUUCAGAGAGAUCUUAUUGGAGUACAGCAAAAGAACCCGAAAACUAGCUCUGGACUUGCUGGAAGGAAUAUCAGUGAGCUUGGGAUUAGAAGACGGCUAUAUGGAAAAGGCCAUGAAUUUGGAAUCGGGUUUACAGAUCCUGGCUGCAAACUUUUAUCCGCCAUGUCCAGAGCCAGAAGUAGCAAUGGGCAUGCCUUCUCAUUCUGAUCACGGCCUUUUGACCCUCCUCAUACAUAAUGGAAUCUCCGGCCUACAGGUGCAACAUAAAGGAAAGUGGAUUAAUGUAAAUUCCAUUCCCAAUGCAUUCGUGGUUAACAUUGGCGACCACUUGGAGAUUGUGAGCAACGGCAGGUACAAGAGUAUCUUACAUCGGGCAACAGUGAAUGAAAAAGCUACCAGAAUAUCGAUAGCUACGGUUUAUGGACCAUCGCUAGACACGGUUGUUAGUCCAGCACCAGAGUUGGUUAACCUUGAAACCAAUCCACCAGCAUUCAAAGGAAUGAAGUACGGGGAGUACUUGGAAAUGCAGCAGAGCAACAAGCUUGAUGGCAAAUCCUGUUUGCAUCAUGUGGCUGUCUAGAUAGAGUAUUUAAUCUGCUCUAUCCUGUUUGAAGGGUCUGAUGUUGCACUUGAUCACAUACCAAUUGCAAUUAUUGUCCGUAGCUUUCAAAUUAAGUAGUCUGGUUUUGGAGAUAUUUUAUAUAAUUAAAAUAUUGCGUGCAAAAAAUUAUAACAUGUAAGUAUCGCGACAGCAACAUUGACGUGAUUGCCCAUGAUAGUAGAUUAGGUUCGUUUGGUUAUUAGAUUGUACUCAGAUGAAUCGAGUGCAGUUCAUAUUUAGAUUGCAGAUAUUUCUAAAUAUCUAAAUUUUUAAUUCUUAAAUUUUUAAAUUCAUUUUAAUUUAAAACUUCUUUAUAUACAUUAGAUUUACAAUUUUUUUCAAGUUAACACUUUUUUACAAGUAGAACUCACGAUCUUUUUUAAUUUUAUAUAAAUAUAUUUAAAUUCAUCUUAAUAUUUAAAUACAUCUAAACUCAUCUUAGAUAAAAUUUACAAAACUUACUCUACUAUUUCUCACUACUAUUCAUAGAAAAUUUAACUUAGUUCAAUAUCUAAAUAUUGCAAUCAAGACUCUGUUUGAAUGUUGAGCUGAGUUGAGUUCUCUUUAAAUAGUAAUGAAUUGAGAUGGUAAAAUGAGUUUUGUGGAAUCUACCUAAGAUAAAUUUAUAUGUUAAGAUGAGUUUAGAUAUAUUUAUAAAAAAUUAAAAGAGAUUGUGAGUUUUAUGUGUAAAGUGUUAUUGAGUUGUAAAAAAUUAUAGAUUUUAAGUGUGAAAAAAUUUUAAAUUGAGAUAAAUUUAAUAAUUUUAUAAUUGAGUUUUUGGAUUUUAGAUUUGAGAGUUGAGAGUUGAGAGUUGAGAGGUUGUGGGGCCCAAGGAUGAAGACAAAGCUAUAUUAUUCACGUGGGCUUUGGCAACUAAACCAGUUGAAGCCCCCGUAGCAUCUCUGGCCUCCGCAUGUUCAACACAGGAUGAUGUUAAGCACCAAACAACUAGCCGAAACGCCUGGCCUCACCUCCAUCCCUCGCACCUACAACUUCACUCGGGAUCCCAACGAAGAACCAAUUUCGGAUGAGUUUGAAGACUCCAUCCCUGUCAUUGACUUCUCUCUCCUCGCCUCCGGUACUCCUCAUCAACGGUCCAAGAUCGUCCAUGACCUCGGCAAAGCCUGCCAAGACUGGGGCUGUUUCAUGGUGAUCAAUCAUGGUGUGCCGGAGAGCCUGAUGAAGGCGAUGGUUGAGGCGUGUGGAGAAUUUUUCAAUCUGGCGGAGGAGGAGAAGCAAGAAUUUGCAGGGAAGCAUGUCUUGGACUCGCUCAGGUGUGGCGCCAGCAUCAAUGGUUCAACCGACCACGUAUUUUUUUGGAGGGAUUAUCUCAAGUUUUUUGCACAUCCCAACUUUCACUCUCCAAGCAAACCCACAGGAUUCAGAGAGAUUGCAUUAGAUUACAGCACAAGAACACGAAAAGUGGCUAUGGAGUUGGUGAAAGGAAUAUCAGCGAGCUUGGGAUUGGAAGAGGGCUAUAUAGAGAAGGCUUUGAAUAUGGAAUUGGGUCUUCAGAUCUUCAUUUCAAACUUCUUUCCGCCUUGUCCACAACCUGAACUCGCAAGGGGAUUGCCUCCUCAUUCCGACCACGCCCUCUUGACCCUUCUUAUAAAUAAUGGCAUCUCUGGCUUUCAGCUGCAGCGUCAAGGGAAAUGGGUCAAUGUUAAUUCGAUUCCUAAUGCAUUCAUGGUUAUCUUUGGCGAUCAAAUGGAGAUUAUGAGCAACGGCAAGUACGAGUGUGCUGUACAUCGGGCAACUGUGAAUGGAAAAGCUACAAGAAUGUCGAUAGCCAUGCUGUUUGGACCAGCACUAGAAACAGUUGUUGGGCCAGCACCAGAGUUGGUUGACAAUGAAACCAAUCCACCAGCAUUCACCGCCAUGAAGUACAGGAAAUACUUGGAACUGCAGCAAACCAACAAGAUAAUUGGGAAAUGCGCUCUGGAUCGUGUCCGAAUCUUGUCUGUCUAGAGUAUAUCUGUAAUGUAUCCUGGCACAUGUACUGAAAACUCUUAUUUUCCCCGAAUGCUGGGAGUUGGAAGUCUGAUGGUUCAUGAAGA